AUGAAUUCGUGCUUAUUUCUUCAUCGAGUAUUUGGCUAUCGAGGUGUAAUUCUAUUUUCAUGGCUUGCAAGAGUAUUUGAUCGAUAUGAUGGUCGUUCAAAUUUACCAUCAGUAUCAUCACAAUCAAAUAUACAUGAAAUUCGUUCAAGAUCAGUAACCUAUUAUCAAGUAUUAAUUGAUGCACGUGAUAUACCAUAUAUUCGAGCUCAAACAGAAGAUGUCACAUUUUUGGGCGAUCAAAAACGAGAUCAAAAUCUUUACGCUAUUUCUGGUCUUGAUUACGUUGCACAUGAUGAUAUUAUACCUUAUACAAGUACAGAACGAACACCAAUUGAACAUGAAUUAUUUGAUAAAUUUUUAAUAUAUGAUUCUGAAACAACACCGAAUUUUAUAUCACGUAAGCAUUUAAAAUCUUGGCAAGAACGACAUCAUCGUUGGCUUGAAUUAUCUGAUGUAUCAAAAGAUGUUACACAUCAAAUUCGUGUUACUGUUAUUCCAUUUUAUAUAGGUUGUCGUUCAGUACAAGGUGCUAAUGUACAUUGGUGGCGUUAUUCUAUUCGUAUUGAAAAUUUAAAUCUCGAUGAAGCUGUAACAUUACGUGAACGUCAUUGGCGUAUAUUUAGUCUAUCUGGUACAUUAGAAACUGUACGUGGUAAUGGUGUGGUUGGACAAGAACCAAGACUAUCAAAAGAAUAUCCAGCAUUUCAAUAUUCAUCUCAUGUUUCAUUAUCUGCACCAAGUGGUCAUAUGUGGGGAACUUUCAAAAUGGAAAAAGAUGAUGGAACAUUUAUUGAAGUUCGAAUACCGCCUUUUAAUUUAGAAUGUAAAUCAGAUUCAAUGAUCGGUGGAAAAUCAUCUUUGUAA